AUAAAUGAAGGUUCAUUUCAUGCAACAUCGAUCGAUGACUCAUCUAACAUCGGGGUUUUGCUUACUACUAAUCGCCAUUUUGUCGAUUACAUUUUGUGAAUCGCGUUCUCUUCCACCACCGAUAGCGUAUUCCCAACAACAUCGUGGAUUGAUCGAAGUGUCUAAAAAUAUUAUCAAAGAUAUCAUCAAGAAAAGAGAUCUUGAAGAAGAAGGGUAUCGCUUCACUAGGGUUAGCCCCGGUGGACCCGACCCGAGACAUCAUUAAAUCUUAGUACUCUUCAUUUAGAGUACACUACGGCGUAGAGCUUUUCAUAGUCGACUUUUCGAUUUUUUAUUAUCAAGAAUUCACAUUGGAUUCAUUUUAGGGUUUU